AACGAGGAGGGGCUUGAUACCGUGGAGGCUGGACCGCUGCUGUGUGUACAUCCUAGCCAGUUCGCAUGCAUUAACGAGUGACAGAUUUCAGGUGUGAAGGUUGGUGACGCCAAUUUACCACCAAUCAAGAUGGUUGCACUGUCACUGAAGAUCUGUGUGCGCCAGUGUAAUGUGGUGAAGACCAUGCAGUUUGAGCCCUCCACGCCCGUUUACGACGCCUGCAGAAUCAUUCGAGAGAGGGUCCCUGAGGCGCAAACUGGACAAGCCUCCGACUAUGGCCUGUUCCUGUCUGAUGAUGAUCCCAGGAAGGGGAUCUGGCUAGAAUCUGGGAGGACACUGGAUUAUUACAUGCUGCGGAAUGGGGAUGUUUUGGAGUACAAGAAGAAGCAGAGGCCCCAGAAGAUCAAGAUGCUCGAUGGGGCCAUCAAAACCAUUAUGGUGGACGACUCGAAAACAGUGGGGGAGCUAUUGGUCACCAUAUGCAGUAGAAUAGGGAUCACCAACUAUGAGGAGUAUUCGCUGAUCCAGGAGCAGGUGGAGGAGAGGAAGGAGGACGGGAUGGGCACCCUGAAGAAGGACAGGACCCUGCUGAGAGACGAAAGGAAGAUGGAGAAGCUCAAAGCCAAGCUCCACACAGACGACGACUUGAACUGGCUGGAUCACAGCAGGACUUUUCGGGAGCAGGGCGUGGAGGAGAGCGAGACACUGCUCCUCAGACGAAAGUUCUUCUACUCCGACCAGAACGUGGAUUCACGUGACCCUGUCCAGCUCAACCUGCUCUAUGUUCAGGCCAGAGAUGACAUACUGAAUGGCUCCCAUCCUGUCUCUUUUGAUAAAGCCUGUGAGUUCGCAGGAAUCCAGGCACAGAUCCAGUUUGGACCCCACGUGGAACAUAAACACAAGCCUGGAUUCCUGGACCUGAAAGAGUUUCUACCCAAAGAGUAUAUCAAGCAGAGAGGGUCAGAGAAGAAAAUAUUCCAGGAUCACAAGAGCUGUGGUGAAAUGGCAGAGAUUGAGGCUAAAGUGAAGUAUGUGAAGCUUGCAAGGUCCCUGCAAACAUAUGGGGUGUCCUUCUUCCUUGUGAAGGAAAAGAUGAAAAGCAAGAAUAAGCUAGUCCCUCGGUUGCUCGGCAUAACCAAAGAGUCUGUGAUGAGGGUGGAUGAGAAGACUAAAGACGUGGUCCAGGAGUGGCCCCUGACCACGGUGAAGAGAUGGGCUGCUUCUCCCAAGAGCUUCACACUGGAUUUCGGAGAGUAUCAGGAGAGCUACUACUCGGUUCAGACGACAGAAGGAGAGCAGAUCUCCCAGCUCAUCGCUGGCUACAUUGACAUCAUCCUCAAAAAGAAGCAGAGUAAGGAUCGAUUUGGGUUAGAGGGAGACGAGGAAUCCACCAUGCUGGAGGAGUCAGUCUCCCCAAAGAAGUCAACCAUCCUGCAGCAGCAGUUCAACCGCGUGGGCCGAGUGGAGCACGGUUCGGUGGCCCUCCCAGGGAUCAUCCGCUCGGGGUCGGUGGGCGGCCCGGACACAUUCAACAUGGGCACAAUGCCCUCCGCCCAGCAGCAGGUCACUAUGGGCCAGAUGCACAGAGGACACAUGCCCCCGCUGAGUCUGGCCCAGCAGGCUUUAAUGGGGACCAUCAACAGCAGCAUGCAGGCUGUGCAGCAGGCCCAGUCUGACCUGGGAUCUGUAGAUAAACUGCCUCCGCUAGGCCACGACAUGGCAUCAAGAGUUUGGGUUCAAAACAAAGUGGAUGAGUCCAAACAUGAAAUCCACUCUCAAGUGGAUGCCAUCACUGCUGGAACUGCCUCUGUGGUCAACCUUACUGCAGGCGACCCCACAGAGACAGAUUACACGGCCGUGGGGUGUGCCAUCACCACCAUCUCCUCCAACCUGACGGAGAUGUCCAAGGGAGUGAAACUGCUGGCUGCACUGAUGGAGAAGGAGGUGGGCAGUGGGCAGAACCUGAUGGGCGCCGCCAGGGCACUGGCAGGGGCGGUCACCGACUUGCUCAGGAGUGUGGAGCCCGCGGCUGCUGAGCCCAGACAGACGGUGUUGACGGCGGCAGGAAGCAUCGGCCAGGCCAGCGGGGACCUGCUGCGUCACAUGGGGGAGGGCGAGACCGACGAGAGGUUCCAGGACAUCCUCAUGAAUCUGGCUAAGGCAGUGGCCAAUGCAGCUGCCAUGUUGGUCCUCAAGGCCAAGAACGUGGCACAGGUGGCAGAGGACACAGUGCUGCAGAACCGGGUGAUCGCAGCUGCCACCCAAUGUGCCCUGUCCACCUCCCAGCUGGUGGCGUGCACCAAGGUGGUGAGCCCCACCAUCAGCUCUCCUGUGUGCCAGGAGCAGCUGGUGGAGGCUGGGAAGCUGGUGGACCGCUCCGUAGAAGCCUGUGUCCAGGCCUGCCUGUCGGCCACAGACGAUGGCGAGGUCCUCAAGCAGGUGAGCGCAGCGGCCGGCGUGGUGGGCCAGGCCCUCAGCGACCUGCUGCAGCAUGUCCGCCACUACGCCAGCUGCGGCGAGCCCAUUGGCCGCUACGACCAGGCCACCGACACCAUCAUGACCGUCACGGAGAGCAUCUUCACCUCCAUGGGAGAUGCUGGUGAGAUGGUGCGCCAGGCAAGGGUCUUGGCCCAGGCAACUUCUGACCUGGUCAACGCCAUGAGAUCAGACGCUGAGGCAGAAGUGGACAUGGACAACUCCAAGAAGCUGUUGGCCGCCGCCAAGCUGCUGGCUGAUGCCACAGCCAGGAUGGUGGAGGCUGCCAAGGGGGCAGCAGCCUACCCUGAGAAUGAGGACCAACAGCAGAGACUGAGGGAGGCGGCCGAGGGACUGAGGGUGGCAACCAACGCUGCCGCCCAGAACGCCAUCAAAAAGAAGCUGGUCAACAGGCUGGAGAUUGCUGCUAAGCAGGCUGCUGCUGCUGCCACCCAGACUAUAGCAGCUGCUCAGAAUGCUGCAGCCUCCAACAAGAACACGGCUUCGCACCAGCAACUAGUGCACAGCUGCAAGGCGGUGGCAGAUCACAUCCCCCAGCUGGUCCAGGGGAUGCGGAGCAGCCAGGCUGAGCCGGAGGAGCUCAGUGCCCAGCUCACACUCAUCAUGGCCAGCCAGAGCUUCCUGCAGCCUGGCAGUAAGAUGGUGACGUCUGCUAAGUCAGCAGUUCCAACAGUGACGGACCAGGCUGCAGCCAUGCAGCUUGGCCAGUGUGCUAAGAACCUGGCUACCUGCCUGGCAGAGCUCAGGACUGCCACCCAGAAGGCCCAUGAAGCAUGUGGACCUCUGGAGAUCGACUCCGCCCUCAGAGCCGUCCAGACCCUCAGGAGCGAGCUGCAGGAUGCCAAAAUGGCCGCCAUUGACAGCCAGCUCAAACCUCUACCUGGGGAAUCGCUGGAGAAGUGUGCCCAGGAUCUGGGCAGUACAUCCAAGGCUGUGGGCUCCUCCAUGGCCCAGCUGCUGACCUGCGCAGCCCAGGGCAAUGAGCACUACACAGGCGUAGCUGCCAGGGAGACAGCCCAGGCCUUAAGGACGCUGGCCCAGGCAGCUCGAGGUGUGGCCGCCAGCACCAAGGAGCCCCAGGCUGCCGCGGCCAUGCUGGAUUCUGCCCAGUACGUCAUGGAGGGCUCUGCUAUGCUGAUCCACGAGGCCCACCAGGCCCUGGUCCACCCUGGGGACGCAGAGAGCCAGCAGAGACUGGCACAGGUGGCCAAGGCUGUGUCCCACUCUCUGAAUAACUGUGUGAACUGCCUGCCUGGCCAGAAGGAUGUGGACAUGGCCCUCAGGAGCAUCGGAGAAGCCAGCAAGAAGCUCUUGGUGGAUACACUCCCUCCCUGCAGUAAGACCUUCCAGGAGGCCCAGACCGGCCUGAACCACACAGCAGCUGAGCUCAACCACUCCGCUGGGGACGUGGUCCAUUCCUCCAGAGGCACCAGCAGCCAGCUGGCCGUAGCCUCCGGAAAGUUCAGUGAGGACUUUGACGAGUUCCUGGACGCUGGGAUAGAGAUGGCAGGACACACCCAGCGGAAAGAGGACCAGAUCCAAGUUAUUGGUAAUCUGAAGAACAUCUCCAUGGCAUCCAGCAAGCUGCUGCUGGCGGCCAAGUCCCUCUCAGUGGACCCUGGAGCAGCCAAUGCCAAGAACCUCCUGGCUGUAGCAGCGAGAGCAGUGACGGAGAGCAUUAACCAGCUGAUUACGCUGUGUACCCAGCAAGCACCAGGGCAGAAUGAGUGUGACAACGCUCUGAGGGAACUUGAGGCUGUCAGGGGGCUGCUGGACAACCCCAAUGAACCAGUCAGUGAGCUAUCCUACUUUGACUGCAUUGAGAGUGUCAUGGAAAACUCCAAGGUCCUAGGAGAGUCCAUGGCAGGGAUUUCCCAGCACUGUAAGACUGGCGACGUGCUGUCGUUCGGCCAGUGUGUGGGUGUGGCGUCCAAGGCUCUGUGUGGGCUCACAGAGGCUGCUGGACAGGCCUCCUACAUGGUGGGUGUGUCUGAUCCAAAUAGCCAGUCGGGUCAUGAGGGGCUGGUGGACCCUAUCCAGUUUGCGCGUGCCAACCAGGCAAUCCAGAUGGCCUGUCAGAACCUUGUGGACCCAGCUAGUAGUCCCUCACAGGUUCUCUCUGCAGCCACAAUUGUAGCAAAGCAUACCUCAGCCCUCUGCAAUGCAUGCCGCCUGGCCUCGUCCAAAACAUCCAACCCUGUGGCCAGAAGGCAGUUUGUCCAGUCAGCUAAAGAGGUUGCCAACACCACUGCCAACCUCGUCAAAACUAUCAAAGCCUUAGAUGGGGAUUUUUCAGAGGAGAACAGAAACAGGUGUCGUGUUGCCACCAGUCCUCUCCUGGGGGCUGUAGACAAUCUCUCCACGUUUGCCUCCAACCCUGAGUUUGCCAGUAUUCCUGCCCAGAUUAGCAAUGAGGGCUCUGCAUCCCAGGAGCCAAUUGUGCGCUCGGCCCGUUCAAUGCUGGACAGCUCUGCCCUCCUCCUGGAGACGGCCCGAUCGCUCAUCAUCAACCCCAAAGACCCCCCCACCUGGUCGGUCCUGGCCGGCCACUCCCGCACAGUGUCAGACUCAAUCAAGAGCCUCAUCACCUCCAUUAGGGACAAGGCACCAGGACAAAGGCAGUGUGACUACUCCAUUGACAACAUCAACAAGUGCAUCCGGGACAUUGAGCAGGCCUCACUAGCAGCUGUGGGUCAGAGCCUUCCCUGUAGAGAUGACAUCUCCUCUGAGGCUCUUCAGGGGCAGCUGACAUCCUCCGUGCAGGAGAUUGGCCAUCUCAUCGAUCCCAUCACCACGGCAGCCAGAGGGGAAGCCGCCCAGCUGGGACACAAGGUGACCCAGCUGGCCAGCUACUUUGAGCCUCUCAUUGUGGCGUCGGUGGGUCUGGCGUCCAGGCUCCUCGACCAACAGCAGCAAAUGACCAUCCUGGACCAGACCAAGACCCUGUCAGAGUCUGCCCUGCAGAUGCUCUAUGCUGCCAAGGAGGGAGGGGGUAACCCGAAGGCGGCCCACACCCAUGAUGCUAUUGCUGAAGCUGCUCAGCUGAUGAGGGAAGCGGUGGAUGACAUCAUGGUGACCUUGAAUGAGGCGGCCAGCGAGGGUGGCAUGGUGGGGGGCAUGGUGGAGUCCAUUGCUGAGGCCAUGGGCAGGCUUGGAGAAGGAACUCCCCCAGAGCCAGAUGGAACCUUUGUAGACUACCAGACCACCAUGGUGAAAUUCUCCAAGGCCAUCGCCAUUACUGCACAGGAGAUGAUGACUAAGUCUGUGACGUGUCCAGAAGAGCUUGGUGGACUGGCCUCCCAGGUGACGGUCGACUACGGCCAGCUAGCCCAUCAAGGACACCUGGCGGCUGCUACGGCUGAGCCAGAGGAGGUGGGCUUCCAAAUCAAGACUCGUGUGCAGGAGCUUGGCCACGGCUGUAUCUACCUGGUGCAGAAGGCAGGGGCCCUGCAGGUCAGACCCACAGACAGCUUCUCCAAGAGGGAGCUCAUCGAGUGCGCCCGUGCCGUCACUGAGAAGGUGUCUAUGGUGUUGUCAGCCCUGCAGGCUGGUAACAAGGGCACCCAGGCCUGCAUCACGGCAGCCAGCGCCGUGUCCGGCAUCAUCGCAGACCUGGACACCACCAUCAUGUUCGCCUCAGCCGGAACACUCGACCCUGACAACGAGGAGUCCUUCGCUGACCACAGGGAGAGCAUCCUAAAGACAGCCAAGGCUCUGGUGGAGGACACCAAGCUGCUGGUGGCAGGGGCAGCCUCCAGUCAGGAGAGACUGGCCCAGGCCGCCAAGUCCUCCGCGAAGACCAUCACCCAGCUCACUGAUGUGGUCAAACUGGGGGCCACCAGCAUGGGCUCCGAUGACCCUGAGACCCAGGUGGUUCUGAUAAAUGCGGUGAGGGAUGUGGCCAAGGCUUUAGCUGAGCUCAUUGGCGCCACCAAGUGUGCUUCAGGCAAGCCAGCAGAUGAUCCAUCCAUGUACCAACUGAAGAGCGCUGCCAAGGUCAUGGUGACCAAUGUGACGUCGCUGCUGAAGACAGUGAAGGCGGUAGAGGAUGAAGCCACUCGCGGGACCAGGGCGCUGGAGGCCACCAUCGAGUGUAUCAAGCAGGAGUUGACGAUGUUCCAUUCCAAGGACGUCCCUGACAAGUCCACCACGCCCGAGGAGUUCAUCCGAAUGACAAAGGGCAUCACCACAGCAACGGCCAAGGCGGUUGCGGCGGGAAACUCUGCCCAGCAGGAAGACGUUAUCUCCACCGCCAACCUGAGCCGCAAAGCCAUCGCCGACAUGCUGACCACCUGCAAGCAAGCAACCAGUCACCCUGAGGUGAGUGAGGAGGUGAGGAACAAGGCUCUGCGCUAUGGGUCAGAGUGCACCGCAUGUUACCUAGCCCUGCUGGAGGAGGUGCUGCAGGUGCUCUUAAAGCCCACUGUGGAGCAGAAGCAGCAGCUGGCAAUACACUCCAAGCGUGUAGCAGGGUGUGUGACAGAGCUGAUCCAGACUGCCGAGGCCAUGAAGGGAUCAGACUGGGUGGACCCCGAGGACCCCACCGUGAUCGCUGAGACUGAGCUACUGGGAGCUGCUGCCUCCAUCGAGGCUGCAGCCAAGAAACUGGAGCAGCUGAAGCCCAGAGCCAAGCCCAAGCAAGCAGAUGAGACUCUGGACUUUGAGGAACAGAUCUUGGAGGCUGCCAAGUCCAUCGCCGCUGCCACCAGUGCCCUGGUCAAGUCUGCCUCGGCAGCACAGAGGGAGCUGGUUGCACAGGGCAAGGUGGGCUCCAAUUUGGCCAAUGCUGUGGAUGAUGGCCAGUGGUCCCAGGGUCUUAUAUCUGCGGCCAGGAUGGUGGCUGCAGCCACCAGUAAUCUGUGUGAGGCGGCCAACGCCUCCGUUCAGGGCCAUGCCAGCGAGGAGAAACUAAUUUGCUCUGCAAAGCAGGUGGCAGCCUCCACCGCUCAGCUCCUGGUGGCCUGUAAAGUGAAGGCUGACCAGGAUUCGGAAUCCAUGAGGAGGCUACAGGCUGCUGGAAACGCAGUAAAGCGGGCAUCAGACAAUCUGGUUAAGGCAGCACAGAAGGCAGCUUUCGAUAAGGCUGAGGAUGACAGUGUGGUGGUCAAGACCAAGUUUGUGGGUGGCAUUGCUCAGAUCAUUGCCGCUCAGGAGGAGAUGUUAAGGAAGGAGAGAGAGCUGGAGGAGGCCCGGAAGAAGCUGGCUCAGAUCAGACAGCAGCAGUACAAGUUCCUGCCCACCGAACUCAGGGAGGACGAGAGCUGAUUGCUUGAACAGGCAAGAAGUUUACUUUUGACUGGAACCAUCAGAGAUAGAGGCAGACUUAUGUGAUUGGCUGCUUCUCUCACAUGUAGACAGGAUUUAAACAGCACUCCAUGUCAGCUUAAUGAGAAGGUCUAGUGCCUGUGUUCAAAAGUGUAGCUGUGUGUGUGUGUGUGUGUGUGUGUGUGUGUGUGUGUGUGUGUGUGUGUGUGUGUGUGUGUGUGUGUGUGUGUGUGUGUGUGUGUGUGUGUGUGUGUGUGUGUGUGUGUGUGUGUGUGUGUGUGUACUUGUCUCAGAAUGGCAUUGACGUUUUACUGUAACUGUUAAAGUUCCAGCUGGUUCUAGAUGUCUAUGCAGGACAUUCUGUGAAUAUGAAGUCUAAACAGUGUCUUGUACAGAUCCUAUACUUACAGGAUUCAUGCAGUUCGCUGUUCUCAUAAACAUUUUGUUCAUCUAUACAGUAACUAUAUACAAAUAUAUGUAAUGUUUAAUGAGCAUUACUGGACCCAAUAAUUGCUAAAGUUCUGAAUGCAUAAAAUGUUCAUAUAAAGAUAUCUGAAUGUCAUGAAGGCUGUUUUAAUUGUGCAAACGUUUACUCUCAAACGGACAUAAAAAUCCAUAUUGUAGGUAAGUACCUCAAAAAAACAGUGCUUAUUGAAUUAUGGAAGUUUUUUUCAAUGCAUCAUUUUAUCAUUGGCUUGCAUGCACCAUUAUAGCUAUACAUAUCAAUGAAGCUACUAACCAAUAGAUUAGUAUGCGGAGGCACUUGUGUUAUGUUAGUAUUAGUAUGAGCAUCGGGUUAGUUAAAGGGAUGUUUUAAGAGUUUUGCUCAACAUGAAACCAGUGCCGGUGAAUGGUUCUAAUCUGAGUGAAUGGUAAAGCUACAGUAGUAGCUGAUGAGGUGACGUCAGUCAAAGUAUAUUUUAGAGUAAUAGUUCUUAAAGUAAUAAUUAGCCCGCAUGUAAAAAGAUUUAACACUGCCUUCCAUUUGAUGGACUUUCAGCUGAUGUCCUUAUCUAAACCAUCAUUUGUCAGGAGUAGUCAGGUGAAAAGUGGUUCUCUUAAAUCUGGGGGUCUAACUCCAGGCCCAUCUCUUUGCUUGUCAGCCUGUUAUUCCAGUAGGCCUCCCUCCCUCAAACACUUUCCAGGCUGCACGAGGAAGCUUUGUUUACAUUCUUUGUCGUGUUUGUUCUUCCUUGUCUUUGUGUUUCAAUUGCAUUCUAAUUGACAAUGUCCAGAUUUUGUUAGGGAGGUCCUCCAUACGUGAGCAGCACCUCAAGUCUUGUUAGCAUACAUGGUGGUGUUUCAUUAACAAGGAAUACUCCUUCCUCUUAAUUUUCAUGAUGACGAUAGCAAUACGUGAACAUUAAGUCGAUAAAUCAGACUUCAAAAUAAUAUGCGGAGCCCUACCCCAAUAGAAGUCUUUUGAAUGCACUGAUUGCUGGUACCCUUAUGCACUGAGGAGCGCAGGUAAUGCCUUCCACGUUCAUCCAUGUAGGAACACUAAAGAAUUUGCUUCUAGCUGUCAGUAAGAGAACGGUUUGUUAUUAUAUUGGUAUCAUAGGUAAGGUACCAGCUGUAUCUCUCAGUGUGUCGACUCCAACACCUCCACCCUCCGUCUCUGGUCUGCAUUGUGUACUAGUGCCUUACUUGAGUCUGCUGUGAGAACAGCAUAAGGCUGUGUCCGAGCCUUGUCAUUCUGGAUCAGAACAUGUUGCCAGUCUAAUUCAUCACCUAGUCCUAUGCCAUGUACUGCCUUGGCUGGUAGCCCAUCUGCCUGCCACCCAUUACCAUAUGCUGGUAUGUGAAGGGCAUCCAUGGAUACAUUAGGUUUAGACUGUCGAGGAAGAUUAACACACACUACACUGCAUACCAUGAGCAUGUGGCAGGUUGCUAUUGAAGUUAAAAAAAAAUAUUGGACUUGUGCUGCCUUGAAAUUCAUUUGACGAGUCAUUCAAAAAAACUAGAAUGGAAAAGCUUCCUUGUUUCAUUGUUAAACCACUAUAAAUGAUGUUUUUACUAUCCUGAGAUUCAUAUCGUCUAAGCAAUUUAGUAUUAACUGGAAAAGGAAACUGACUAGCUCUGUUAUUCAAAUAAGUGUUGUGCUUUCUUUAACACAUUUGUUUCAUUAUGAUUUGAAGCUGUAUGUAUAUUUAUCUGGUCACAAAGGUAUUUUUUGUAUUCACCAAAAAUAAAAGUUUGAAACAAGCA